AUGGAGUGUCCGUAUGGAGUACUUGGUGUUUCAAAAGAGUGCACUGCUGAUGAAAUAAAAAAAGCAUACGUGCUUGGUGUGAGAAAAACACAUCCAGAUAUUACUAAGAGAAACACAGACGCGGAGUUUAUCCGGAUAAGCGAGGCGUACUCAACGAUUAUCUCAACCCCCCGCAUACAGAAAAUGUACGUUGACUGGGAGAGUCUUCCAUAUCUAAUUGUUGAGCUGAGCAAUGCAAACUCUGUAAAAUGUCGCUGUGGAAGUAUGUAUGACUACACACAGCAGAUCGGUCCAGUUGAGUGCAUGUCAUGUUCUCACUAUAUAGAAGUUAUACCAGACACACAGCAAUAGGCCUGCCACCGGUGUACCUCUGUUGUUUCGCUUCGUGUAUAACUGAUUUCUUUCAAAAAAGAGAAAUACUGAAAAUAAUAGAUAGAUUGAAGCCUAGGCUGCUGAAUGUCUAAAAAAGAAAUAUUAAUUGUGUGGCGUGAAAAAUUAUUAAAUCAUAUUGUGGAACAAAUAGAGCUUAUAAAAUAAAUAGAUAAAUAUACCUAGA